CGCCCGGGGGCUGGAAGGGCCGCGCACGGAGCACUUUCUGCGUCGGGCGAGCCGCGCGUCUAUGGUGCUGGAGGACCGCAUGCCUGCGGCGGGCGUGGCCCCGCAGGCGCUGGGCGGGCGGCGGCCCUGCUGACGGUCCCGCUCCUGCUGUGGGUGUCGGCGCGGCGAGCACCAUGCUGGCCACCCGAUUGUGCACCAUGAGGAAGCUUCCUUCUGUUCUGGCUAGGACACUCGCUUCUGUGACCAGUGGCUCGUCAAUGCUUCCAGACAUGUCUGAAGAAUCUUUCAUUGCUUGAUGUCAGCUAAAAUAGAUUGAGCGCAAAUCUCAGAGAGCGCCGUGUUUCCACAAGCUUUGUGAAGAUUGGCUUCCGAAUCGGAGGUUCAUUAGGGUCCCAGAGCUAGUGGUGGGGUCAGCCAUGGACCAUGGUGUUUGCUGGGAGUUGUGCGGAGCAGAUUGAGGGAUAUAGUGGGAGCAUCUACCAACUGGAGGGAUCAUGUGCAAGCAAUGCAAGAAAGAAAAGCUCUCCAUACUUUACUGGCAAAACGGCAGGAAGAUCUCCCUCCUAGGAGAAUGAAAGAUAGCUACUUGGAAGUUAUUCUGCCUCUAGGAAGUCAACCUGAAAUAAGAGAAAAGUAUCUGAAUGUACACAACAGUGUAAGGUUUGGAAGGAUACUUGAAGAUCUUGACAGUUUAGGAGUUCUAAUUUGCUACACUCAUACCAAGCAGGAAAUGCAGCCAAGGUCUCCAUUAUCAAUAGUUACAGCUCUGGUGGAUAAAAUCAAUUUGUGCAAGAAGAUUAUAUAUCCAGACUGUGACAUCAAAUUCACAGGCAAUGUUUCUUGGGUUGGAAGGACCUCAAUGGAAGUGAAGAUGCACAUGCUGCAGCUACAUGAUGGUGAUUACAGCCCUGUGUUAGAUGCAACCUUUGUCAUGGUGGCCCGGGAUCCAGAAAAUAAAAGGCCAGCAUUUGUUAAUCCACUCGUUCCUGAGACCCCUGAGGAAGAAGAAAUCUUCAAGCAAGGGGAAUUGAACAAGCUGAAGAGGAUUGAUUUCAGUACUGCCUCCUUACUGAAAAUGGCUCCCACUGCAGAAGAAAGAAACAUUGUUCAUGACAUAUUCCUUAAUACAUUGGACACAAGGACAGUAAGUUUCCGGAGUCGUAAAUUACCACCCAAUUCGGUGUGGAUGGAAGAUGCAAAGCUAAAAGGUCUACAGAUUUGCCAUCCUCAGGAACGGAACAUCUUCAACAGGAUCUUUGGGGGUUUUCUCAUGAGAAAAGCAUUUGAACUAGGAUGGGCAACUGCUUGCAGCUAUGGGGGUUCCAGACCUUUUAUUGUGUCUGUUGACGAUAUCAUGUUUCAGAGGCCAGUUGAGGUUGGAUCCUUAUUACUGCUCUCUGGACAGGUCUGUUACACAGAAAAAAACUACAUCCAGGUUCGAGUACACAGUGAGGUUUAUGAUGCAGAUACCAGGGAGCACCACACAACCAAUAUCUUCCAUUUUACGUUUAUAUCAGAAAAUGAGGUCCCACGGGUUGUCCCCAAAACUUACGGAGAGUCCAUGCUGUAUUUAGAUGGGAAGCGACACUUUGCUGCAACCAUGAAAGAAAUCUGACACACACUGAAUGCUGCAUCAGCAGUGUAGCAGCAUGCUGUCCUGGAGAGAGUUGUCACUAGAGAUGGCUAACAGCCAGGUGCUUGCAAUACUUAAAAAAAAAAAAAAAAAAAAAAACAACAAAAAAACCCACCACCCCAAACCAAACCCCACAACAAAAAGUACCUUUUUAGUGCUAUUUAUGUAUUUGCAUAUAUUUGGAUUUUUAUUCUCUGCUACUAGGAUUUGUUGAAAUCUACUUUUACAUGCCAAUGCUAGGCAAAAAGGCUGAAAAAAAUACCAUCUUAAGCUUUAAAUAGCUUCUCUUCGUCUGCUUUGAGAGAUCUCAUUACGACCUUUGCUGUCCUGUCACCAUCUGCCUUCUUUCCCUUGGUUGAUCUUCUUUGUGUUUCCCUGAUAAGGGAUAGAGGUUCUAUCAGAAAAAUAGGUGCAAUAAGUAGAUGCACACAAACGAAGCCGUUUGACCUACGUUCUUGUGUAAAUUAGGUUUAGGGUGGGUUUUUUUGUUUUUUGUUUUUUUUUAACAAGGACACAUGCAUCUGGGCAGCAGCAUAAACUCAGAAGUUACUAGUGUGUGCGCAAUAUAAAGCAGGUGUUUCCCAUCAGCUGGGAUUUUACAAGGUUGUUACAGCUUCUGUUUUGGAUGGUUUCAUGUUCCCUUGGGAGGAAACUAAUUUUUACGAUGAAAUGAGAUGGCCAGAUGGUCUCUUCUGGCAUUCUGUUUGCAUACAGCCAGUCCUUGCCAGCUUCUUCUAACUUUGGCAUUUUUUUGGCAUAUAACUGUGAGUUCCUUAGUGAAUUAUUUUUCAUGGCUUGUAGAGUAGAGAUCUGAUUGGUGAGACUGGAUGGGACUGGGAAAUGGCAUUGUAGAGCAGAACUUUUUGGUUUGUUAGGAAUUGGGAGCUGAAAAGGUAAAAUACUUCUCAAAUGGUAAUGGUUAUGUUUGAUUUGGAGUUAGGGGUCCAGAGAAUCUGUGUGGGGCAGCUCCCAAUUCAGCUGCUGAAUGCUGGGAGGAUUUUUAUCUCACUGAGGGCUGGUACAGCUAGAGGACAACAUCCUCAGGUAGACUAUUUGUCCGGUUCCUUGGUAAACCAUAAUGAGAUACGAGUAUCGCACAGCUUUAAAAGUUGUCAAGUUUACCUGAAGGACAGAGUAAUUCCCCAGCACAGAGGGGACACCACGGUGGGUGUAACUGUGGCAUAUAAAUAACAGGAAGAAAGUACUUGAUACUGAAGUGCUUCUAAUGUCAUGGAGAAACUUUUGAUAAUCUCCAAUAUCUGGCAGAUAAAGCCCAACAUCCUGAAAUUAGGAAGGUGAGAGGAUGGGAGGCAUCAGCUUUUAGCAGUGAGGAUGAUUAGUCACAAGCACAAAAUUGGUGUGCUUUGGUACCUUCAAAUCAGGACACCCAAAGAGAAGCGGUUAGGCUCAAUGGUAGGUUAAACGGAUGAAACAUGGUGUCUUAAAAUAUACAAGAGAAUCUGGCGUCUCUGCUAGGUUUAAAAUAUUUUGGAAUCAGGAAGCAGCAAGUAGAAAUUAUGAGAACUGGCUCAGAUGCAUGAAACAGGUUGAUAAAAUAAAGCAACGUGUUGAAAUUUUCUUUUUGAGAAAUUCACGGUUAGGACCAGCUUCCUUUGGUGAUAGGAUAGCAUGACGUUUACGGCUCCAAACAGCUGAUUGCUAUUCAUGUGAGGAGAGGGAGCAUUGCAAUAACCAGCCUUUCCUUUCUAGGAUUUGGCUGCCUGUGUUUCUAAGUUAGCUAGCUUUCCAGUGGAGGCACCGGGGUGUUGCCUGAUCCGGAUCAGAUUAAUGCAUUGCAGUGACAGUAAGGUCUUGGUUCCUUACGUAGACUUUCUCUCUUCGGCCACACGCCACUGCUGAUCCAGCUGUAUGAUCUUAUAAUCUUCUUAUUUAGCGGUUAAGAUACCGUGGAUAUGUAUUGUAUUUUCUGGUUUUCUCCUUUUUAAAACUUUUUGGAAGCUGAAUAUAGUUAACUGACCACAGAAAUAAAGAACUGAAAUUCUACCCCAGCUUCUUUCCCCCUCGCUGAAUGGGUCGCUGUUGGCUAUUAAGAAAAUAAGUAGGAAGGCAGGAAGUGGAGGGAGCUAUUUCAGAACUAUGUCUUACUCCUGACUAUCUCCAGGUUUUUAUCGUUGACCCAGUGGUCCUACCUGGGUCGCUUUUGUAUAACACUUGUAAGUUAAAGGAGUACCAAGUUCUUCCUCUACUGCCUUUUCAGCUGUAUUUAAAUAGGAAUUCAUCAUAAUUUUAAAAUUCAGCCUUUGGGAAGGGACUGGAGAGGAGAAAAAGAGGUAACAGAUUAGGGAGCAAGGCGUGACAUCAAAACGUCUGGACACAGUGAAGAAAAUAAAUCCCACAAAUGAAGAUGCUUAGAAGAAUUAAUGUGUCUUCAAAGUUCAUGAUAACUUAAUCGUGUACCACAAUCACAGCAGUUAUAGAAAUAUAUGUACAGUCAUACAGAAAGUGUGUGUAUAUAUAUACAUACGUAAAAGAUGGAAAAUAUAUAUCGUAAUAAACAGAAAGACACAGAAAUGUGCUCACAUAUUUUUUACUCUGAGAAGAUAACUCCAAAUUGUCACCCUCUCUGACAAUAGGCUAAAUGUAUCUUCAAGGGUGUUAUUUAUGCACAUCGCUGUAUAGCUUUGUGUGCAAGAUAAAACUGUUCUCAGAUCUCACAUUCAGAAUUAAAUAUUUUAACAUAGCAAUUAAUGUUGAGUUUAUAUUGUAGCUUAAUGACCAACCUGUCACUGCUGUAAGUGACUGUUACCACACAAGCCUAAAGGUUUUGGUAUGAAAUCUUUUUAUUAUAGAGAGCCUAUCUGUGUAAUUGGCUGUGGCUCCAUAGUGGGAAGUAAAUGUUUCUGUGCCCGUCGUGUCUUGGAAUACAGCGAGGAAGUCUAGUAGCUGGAUUGCCUGCCCUAACCCUCUCAGUAGUAAAUGGUGAUAUAAAAGGAGAUUUCUGUGGGACUGGCUGAGCUCAGUGCCCAAAAAAGCACUUUGUUUUAGAUGUUUUUAUUUUUCUGUGUUUAAAAAAAAAAAGAAAGUAUUAAAAUUUU